UCAGAAUGGCAGGCUUAUCCGCUUUAAUCCUCCUUUUGUGUGCUGCUAAAGAUGUGAUGCCCUCCAGUCCUCACUGGAAGCCAACUUGGCCGUCUUACAGAGUUCCCGUCAUCCUGCCACAAUCCACUCUUAACUUGGACAAGCCACAGUUUGAUGCUGAAGCCAAACUAGAAGUGGUAUCUCCCUGUGGCCCAGCAUGCCACAAAAGUUCUCCGCUGCCAACUUACGAAGAAGUUAAGAACUACUUGUCCUAUGAAACUUUAUAUGCUAAUGGUAGCCUCACUGAAACUGAAGUGGGCAUAUAUAUCCUGAGCAACAGCGGUGAUGGGUCUCAAGGCAAAUCUCGAACUAAGAGGCAGAUCUAUGGCUAUGACAGCAGGUUUAGUAUUUUUGGGAAGGACUUCUUGUUGAAUUACCCAUUCUCCACAUCAGUGAAGCUAUCUACAGGUUGCACGGGGACGCUAGUGGCUGAAAAGCAUGUUCUUACUGCCGCUCAUUGUAUCCAUGAUGGCAAGAGUUAUGUCAAAGGAGCUCAGAAACUCCGGGUGGGGUUCCUAAAGCCCAGACUGAAAGAUGGCAGCAAGGGGGCCAAUAUCACCAACUCAGCGAUGCCUGAGAAAAUGAAAUUCCAGUGGAUCCGAGUGAAACGGACACAUGUUCCUAAGGGAUGGAUCAAAGGCAAUGCCAAUGACAUUGGCAUGGAUUAUGACUAUGCCUUGCUGGAGCUCAAGAAACCUCAUAAAAGAAAGUUUAUGAAGAUAGGGGUGAGCCCACCAGCAAGACACUUGCCUGGGGGGAGGAUUCACUUCUCUGGCUACGACAAUGAUCGUCCCGGAAACCUGGUUUACCGUUUCUGUGAUGUCAAGGAUGAAACGUACGACCUGUUGUACCAGCAGUGCGAUGCCCAGCCGGGUGCGAGUGGAUCUGGGGUGUACGUGAGGAUGUGGAAGAGGCAGAAUCACAAAUGGGAGCGUAAAAUUAUUGGAAUAUUUUCAGGCCAUCAGUGGGUGGACAUGAAUGGCACCCCACAGGAUUUCAACGUAGCUGUUCGCAUCACCCCCCUCAAAUACGCACAGAUCUGUUACUGGAUUAAAGGCAACUACCUUGACUGCAGGGAAGGAUAAAGACAAUGAAACUCCUUGAAAGCACUUAAUGACUGGUUUUAAUUACUUACCUGAGGAAAGGCUAGACUUCUGCUGCAGAUGUGUGUGAUACGAGCUUGUAACAUCGGGAUGUGAUAUAUAGGUUUUCAAGCAAGCCACCUUGUUCUCCAGACAAGGGCUGUGUGGUGCUGUCACUACAGCUCGACACUGGGGAGAAAGUAAUGUCUGUGGGCUGGGGAAGGAGCAGGUGGACUUGCUGAAGUUGCAGCUGAGCAACUGAAGAUUAAUUAGGGGCGGAUCAGUAAACAGUACGAAAUCAGAACCGUCUCCAAAGAGUCUUAUAAAAGGGACACUGUUGACUAUCUCCUGCCUACGAUGUUUGUUUUAAUAAAUCCUAGGAUUAGUAGAAAUGCUUUGAUCUGAACUUUUAAAAGAAAAUAUUUCUAUGCUGUUGGGGGCUGGAGAGGGGCAUCUAAUGGUGUUUGCAACCCAAACAUUACAGCUUUGAGUUCCUGCAUGAGAAAGGGAGUGUGAAAAGGGCAAGGCAUGCGCUGUUGGAGAUGAAUGGCACACAAAUAGCAUGAAGGGUGAAUAGCUGCGUAACACUUCUAACCUUCUUUUGGCCUGAGUGAUUUGAGACUUUAUUAGUAACAUAGUUAAGAAAAAUGCUUUUUGUGCCAACAGAGCUUGAUCUUGCA